GCCAGUGAUCGAGAGGCAACCGCGGCGCGCGCGCGUCAGUGUCCGGCCAUGCGGCGUCCGUGAUGCACGCUCACACGCUCACCAACAUGUCACCGCGCUGCAGUCUCAGAUGUUUUGCGCUGAGCGUCGUGCUUCUAUUAGCUGUAGUUUACACAGAAGUGAGCGCGUUCGCCAUCAGGAGCUCCUUCAAUACAACGAGGACUCCCGCACUAGACCUCGCUGUAGACGAGAGUCUGCAGCUCGAGGUCAGACAUGACUUCAAAACACCUUAUAACUUAAAAGCAAAUACUUCUAAUAAAAAUAAUGAGGUUCCCGCAUCCACUACCGACUUACCGCAUAGUAGCAAUGCCUCGGCGACGGCAUUCAUUGAGAUGACUACCACGAUAAAGUACAAUCCCGAUGUCAUCGCGGAAACAGUAAGCAAUAACAUGACUGCAAAAAAUAAUAUUUCUGAAAGAAGUGUGUUGAAAGAAAACUCCACAUUAUAUUUAUAUACUAAUACAACCAAAGCUACGAUCGUGUCCGAAGUGGUAACCAUCACGGAGAACUAUACUACUCGUAAUUACCUCGAGUUGUCUGGAUCGACACAACAGCCGGCCGACACGGACAACUCCAUGUCACUAUCCGUUGAAAAUAUUAAUGUCAGAGCUCUUAAUGACACCUUUGACGACUUAAGUACUGCACUAAACGACACAGUUGAACAAAUAGCUGCGAAGGACCAGCUUGCAUUAAAAUAUGCACAGAAUGUAAACACCUUAGCAGAAAAAAAUAUAUCUCUAUUACCCAUCGUUAACAGUAGCGAUUACGAUGAUAUCACUACUAAUUUUACUUCACGAAGAAAAUACACAGUUAUAGAUAGAAUAAUGAAAAUUUCAAAAAAUGAGACAACCGCUCCGACUGACAAAUAUGAAAAUAAAGCAGAAUCUCUGGUUACUCUGACUUCGGCUACAUCUGAAGAAGUUUUAAGGAGAGUGGCGACGGAGUACCCGACGGUGACGACACCGAUGCCGCGGCUGGAUGUAGUGUCCGGUACUACCAGCUAUCCAGAUAUACUUGUAACACAAGAAAUAGAAAAUAUAACAAACUCCUUCGAAGUAUCAAUACAAAAACCUAAGUUCGAAUCGGUGUCAUCAAAAAGAGCUGGAUUUUUAAAUUAUUCAUCGAAAUCUAAACAAAACGAAUCGACGAUUGAAAAUAUUACGACCGAGAGUGCGUACAGAGAUCACACGACAAUAGCAAUUGAAAAUAAUUUUGAGACAUUCACCGGUCGCAACGUCGCUGGAGUGUCUAAAUCGCAGAGUUAUUUAGAUGAAGACGCGAUUAAAGAAGAAAUGCUUCAAGAAACGUCGCUUAAAAAUAACGAGGAAAUGGCUCAACAAAAUCGCGACGGGCGCAUAAAUGAUACUGAUACCACGUUUUCAUUUCUGGAACAAUUCGGUUUUUUUACGUCAACACAAGAUUUGGAAGGAACCGUACAAACAAACACCGAAGAAAUCAUUAAUACGAAGCCUUCUCAAGAUAAAGGUAAAAGCACAAUUGUGUAUACAGUGAGCCCGAACUACAAGCCCAUGAAGAAACUUGAAAUCCAACCACCGAAACAAUUUGUUAGAGACCCGGAUGACAACAGCUGGAGAAAUGAGAGCAUUAGUUCGCUAGGGAUAGUUUUCAAACCAAAAAAUUCUUCGAAACCUUUCACUCAAGUCUUGAAAAAUAAGACAGAGACCGAAUGGAGUAACUUACUAAGUAGAGAUAACAAAAGUGAUGUUCCGGACCUAAGAGAAAGAUUGGAGAAAAUAGCUCAAAGGCGCAAGACCAAAAAGAAGAAGACAGAUUUCUUCGGCAACGUAAUUUACAGUGACUACGAGGAAACCAAUAGUUCUGAGGAAGUGACCAACACCCGCAACAUUGACAUCACUAAUACAGUAGAAAGUAUUUUAGAAGAUACGACCAUCCUAAAUGUACUGACAGAAACAGUAAAAGAGUUGUCUACCUUGACUCUGACUACGACGCCGACCACAUCGACAUCGACGACGUCCGCGACCACAGCCGCCGCAGCCGUACCCGACACUACUCACUCCAAAAUAAGCGGUAAUAAUACUUCCCCGGCGACCACAACACAAAUAAAAGUUUCCAGUAAACUUCUUAAUAGGACAAAAGAGAUAGUGGCCAAAAAAGGAAAGUACAAUUCUUCCGUGACUGACAAAGAACGGAAAAAUUUUAAUGUUUUUGAUUACUAUGAUAUUUCAAAUGAGGACGAAUCGGAGUAUUUACAGAUGGCAAAGUUAGAAUUAAAAAAAUACUCCGUCCCCACUUACCUGACACAGAGACCUUUUGUUACACCUCCACCAUUACCGUAUCGAUUAACGAAACCGGAGACACAAUCUAUGCCCGAAAGAAAGGCAACAAUACAAUACUUCCCUCCGCGAAUUAAUACUCAGCAGCCGAAACCGAAUAGAUUCGAUAAUGACGUCAAAGUCAAAACUAAAUCACAUACAAAACUAUCAUCUCCGAAAGAAGUUACGUCGUUUACGCUGACCAAUGCCCCGGAUACUCCGUUAGGUAAAUACAGCUCAAGAUAUCAUGAGGAGCAACACCAUGGUCAUCCUCCUCUUGUCAACACUAUGACACCGAGCGAGACUCCGAACGCGUACAACGCACAGGACUAUACUAGAUAUCUUCUCCACACCGAGCCCCCGAGGAUACCUACCGAGCAAGGGACUAGAUCCAGGGCCUACGAGCAUACGGAAGGCUUCCACAGGGCGUCCUACGUGAUGAAGAAUUACAAAGAUUUCAUAGAGCAGGCCGCCAAGGAUUACGACUACGAAAGAGACGCGGGCUUGAUGACGUACACGCCGCCGCCGGCGCCCGUCAGAGGCGUCACCAUCAGCGACCUGCUGGCACAGGAGAGAGACAGACCUAACGCAAACUUCAACGAGGACUACGACGCGAAGUUCCGGAAGGACGUCCUGCAGCGAUUCGUGGACAACUUCAACCACAACGACGCUCGCUACCGCGCCAACUUCCCCGUGCUGUACAACAACACGGUGAUGCACGCGACCGCGGCGGGCACCGGCGAGGCGGCGGCCGCGUCGCGCGCCUUCCUUAAGGGCCUGUACAGUCCGGUGAAGGCGCGGGCGGGGUACGCGCGCCGCGAGCCCUACGACCCCGCCUGCGACAACGUCACGGUGGAGCUCUCGCCCGCCUACGAGCUGCACUACUACGUGCCCGAGCAGGAGGAGAAGGAGGAGAUCGACUCCAAGCCGGUCAGUUAGCCUCCCUCUCUCUCUAUCCCUCUCGUCGACUUUGCAGUCAGCAAUUCGCGAUGCUAACAACGGCUGGUUGAUUUUGUCAUGUGUAAUAAUUACUGUACAUAUCGAGGACCAAUAUUUUUAAUGCUUGGUGUUUCGGUAAAGUUAUAUUUUACGAGGAUAAAUGUUUUGUUUAACGUACACAUACAUUUUUAUCUUGUUUUAUAGUUGUGUGUCAGUUCAUCAUUUCACAAAACAACAGUUUCUAUUUUUUUAUAAUAUUGAUACAGCGUACGAUGUUAUUUUGUAAUCUACGCUGUGUUAUGCAAACAAUAAUGAUUUCUAAAAAUAUAUUUGUAUUUCGAAAUAACUUUCACAUCACAUAUACAUACUUAAUUAUAUUUUUGUUUUUUUUUUCUUCUUUACAGUCAUUUUUACAAUCGAUCGUUUAUUUUGUACUAAGAUAUUUUUUUAUUAUCAACGUGAACGCAGAGCAACGCUGUUUAUUUCGUUCUGCACUUUUUAAGAGUACUGUAUGGAGUAGGUCUAUAUUUAGUCAACAUUAAGUGUACCAAAUAAUGAUUUAUAUUUGCAUAGUUAUUAUAUAAACGUAGGAUGUAGUGAUAGAUAGAUAUUUGUGUAAUUUACAAAUAAAGUGUAUGUAUUUACCACCGUUUACUUCUGUAGUUUAGAAUAUUUCGGUGUCACUGUG